AGCCCAUUGGGCAACCGUGCGAACCCUAGCCCCAAUCCACAGUCCCCACGCCCCUCACUCCUCCCUCCCUCGUCCGCCGCCGCGCUCCCUCCCUCCUCCCUCCUCUUCCUCCUCCUCCCUCGUCUCCACGGCCUCUGCCCUAGGAGCCCCACUGCCGACUGCUACUCCACCACCACGCCCCUUCCUCCUCCUCGCCUUCCCAUCGCUCGUGCACAGGUCGCCGCUGUGGCAGAUCAGGGACAGUGCUGGGUCGUCAAGAUGGGGUGGUUACAAAGGCUUCCCAGCCCAACGGCGCCGUCAUGGGAGGAGGCUCACCAUCGAAGAGUAGCCGCAGGUGCACAACAUCCAAAGAGGUGCAGCCGGGAGGAGGUGAGGAUAAGUCGCUUGAUUGACAAGAGCAGAGCAGCGGAUUGGAUCGAGGGGGCCUGCAUGUCCACGCCGCCUAGAGUCACCCUGACUGCCGUCUCAAGCCGCAACCGCGAGUCAACUGCACCGCUGCCGCCAGGAAUCCCGUCCCCAGCAAGGGAAGUUCAAUGACAUAAAGACACAGGAGAUAUUCAGUUAUGUUGAUUGGGGAAAUUAAUGAUCAUUCAGUCAACAAAUGGGGCAGUAUUCUGAUCUUAUUUCAUCUCAUGCAUUGAUUAUUUAUUGUCUUCUUUGCAUACAUAUUUUAUUAAUUAUUCAUAUAUACUUGUUGUAUCUUUGUACUGCUGUUUUUACAAGCCGUAUCCUAUGUGCUUGUUUCCAUAUCGUCGUAUCUGUGUUGUUAUAUGGUGCUUCAUAGCAAAAACUUAUACUUACUAAAGAAAGUGUUCCUUUUCUUGGUCCCAUUGCUCCAUAAGCAUGAUCACGUUUCUACUAAUUGAUUAUACAUAUGAUCUUUCUUUUGAUUAUUUUGUGAUACUUCUGAUUGACACUAUGAGGUGCUUCCUUGUCAUGCAGAUUCAUCCUUUACUUAAAUACUGAUGAUGAUAUGGUUGUAAAUUAGUCUGGUAUGUGCCAAUAGUUGUCUCCCCCAGAAGAUUUUUUUUGUCAGAAUAGCUUACCUAAAGAGUUGGUUUGCCUAGAUGCAUCAUUUACUUAUACACUGAUGAUAUUGCUGUAGCUAAACAAAUGGGUGAAAAACCACAUCAACCCAGCUAUAAGAAUGCAAUCUUAUGAUUCAUGCUCACCUAUGGUUGGUUGCUAUAUUGUACAUUCUUUUGACGAAACUAUAUUGUACAUUUAAUAACCUGACUUCUUCCAUGAGAUAGCACUACUUAGAGGUUUAACUGAGUGAGAUUGGGUUUAGGGACAAGAAGAGGAACCAUGGGCGGGUGCUCUUGCGACUCUCGGCUGGUUCCAAGAUUGUGCUUGAUCGAUUUAUCUGUCUGUGCAGGGAUGGCAAGGCAGCUUGAAGGUGGUCACGGCCAUCUCGCAGAGAUGGUGCAAGCUGUCAAGAAUCACGGUGCUGGGGCACUGCACUUCACCGCCGGGUGCAAGAUGGUGGAAGUGUGCGAGUACCUGUUGAGGAUGUCCAGGUGGACGUGGAUGUCGUUGACCAAGCAGGGUUGUUUUGCUGUCCCAAAGGCACACGGGAGUCUGCGGGAAAAAAACUGGCGACGUUUUCUCUUGGAUAUUCAGAAAAUGGAGACACUCGGCGAUCUGGCUCUGCUGCAGCUAUGUAGCCAUCUGCCCAACCAAGUACAAGGGAUGGCAAGGCAGCUUGAAGGUGGUCACGACCAUCUCGCAGAGAUGGUGCAAGCUGCCAAGAAUCACGGUGCCAGGGCACUGCACUUCACCGCCGGGUGCAAGAUGGUGGAAGUGUAUUUUAAGCUUGGUGUAUAAACAUACAUGUCACUCACUGUAUGUAACUUUCAGUGCAAGAUUAAAAUAGGGGAUACAUCAUUAUGGAAGAUUUUGCCUAUUCUCUAAGAUGGAUGAUGAUGAGCGGUGGAACCGAAAAUUCAGAGCUGGGCUUUACACACUUCAGUGGACUGGAAUGCAGGAGUAGCAUGACAACACCAAGGUAGAGACCUGAAGAGAAGAAGGGAAUGGACCAAGGAAACUAGAACCGUGUUGUCAUGAUGUGGGUCGUGUCGUCUUCGUCCAUCUCCAUGGAGGCAUAUAUACAUAGGUUAGUCAUAGGAAAGGAGACCGUCUCCAUGGAACUCUGACUGAUGUGUAAUGUCCUCAUAGGACUGGACCGUUUACAGAGGGAGUACUUGAAAAUAGAUUCUUUAUAUAUUGUUUGGUUCCAUCAGCCGCAUAACCUAAAUUAGCAAUUUGGUAUCUGAACAGUGUAGUGUAACCAUUGUGAUUGCUGCAGUCUUACUUUAGUGUUGAAA